GAAUUUUUGACGGCAAACAAGUCCUUAAGUAUGUUUCCGGUGGCGAUGUCUCUGUUGGCCAGCUUUCAAAGCUCUGUCACUAUUCUUGGAUAUCCCGCAGAAAUGUUUUACAGGGGAACACAGUUUUGGGCAGUUAUGAUAUCGGGUGCCAUGGCUUCUAUAAUAGCGGCCGAAAUAUUUCUUCCCGUGUAUUAUAAGCUCCAAUUUACGAGUGUUAACAAAUAUUUGGAGGAGAGAUUUAAAAGCGAAAGAGUUCGGUUAGCCGUCUCCCUCUCAUUCCUCUUGUGUACCAUUCCUUAUAUGGGAGUUGUCUUAUACGGACCUUCACUCGCACUCGGAUCAGAACCAGAAUCGAAAGGCAACUUUUCCUUAAGACACUUAACAGGAGGAAUACGAGCAGUGGUUUGGACUGAUUUGGUUCAAGUGUUUCUAAUGUUUGCCGGACUCGUCGUUGUUAUGAUUCGGGCAUUUUAUUUGGUGGGAGGAGUGGAUGAGGCGUUCAAAAUAGCCCAACAAAAGGGGAGAAUCCAAUUCUUUAACGUUCAGAUCGAUCCGUACUCGACGUCCACCCUUUGGAAUGCUGUCUUCGGAAUGGGAAUCAUGUGGUCGGGGAAUUACGCCACGAGUCAGACAGAGGUUCAGAGAUAUUGUAACGUAACCUCAGAAGCAAAAGCUAAAUUUAGCGCCUGUCUGUGCGGUAUAUCGAUAUUUGCAUACUAUAGCGGUUGCGAUCCCAUGGCUAUCGGUCUCAUUGAAAAGACAGAUCAGUUGAUGCCAUACUUCGUGAUGGAUCAGUUAAGCUCAAUGCCGGGUUUACCUGGAUUAUUUGUGGCGUGUGUUUUCAGCGCAUCUCUCAGCACAUUGUCCUCGGGUUUUAACGCCUUGUCUGCCGUCACUUACGACGACUUCCUGUGUCGAUACACUUCGGUUCAAAAGCUGUCCGAAACUAACGCUCGAAGAGUGAGCAGAACUAUUGCCUUCUGUUAUGGUUUGAUAGCCAUUGGAAUGGCUUUUAUCGUCAGUCGAAUCGAUUCAGUCCUACAGGCCGCCAUAUCAAUCGCCGGAGCAUUAGUGGGCCCUAUGUUUGGACUAUUUCUGUUGGGAGUGUUGUGUCCGUUCGCCAAUACUUUUGGAGUUCUUUGCGGUCUAUUUGCCGGAGAAAUUUUCGGGGUUUGGGUUUUGAUUGGUUCACUGGUUUACUCGAAACAACAGCCAACUCUUCCCACAUCUAUAGCCGACUGUCCCAUAGAAUUGAUUGGAAACCGAACCUUCAUUACAAGUGCACCGAUACAAUCGCAAGGCUUACUCAGUCUCUAUCACAUCGCAUACCUCUUAGUUCCGGUCAUGGGUUUCGUUAUAAGUUUAUCCGUCGGUACUAUACUUAGUCUCCUUUCGGGCGGAUAUUCGACGGCAUCGGACGUGAAUCCGGAUCUAUUAUCGCCAUACGCUUGGAAAUUAUGGCCCGCAGAAUGUGUGCCAACAAAGAGGCCAAAGGUAUUAAUUGAAAGACAAAGUCUGACAAAUGGCAGUCAAUCAUCGAUUAGAAAAAAUAACAAUAACACCAAAAGGGAUUCAAUAACUUCCACAACAAAGUUAUAACUUAUAUUUUAAGAUAUAUUUUUCGAUCAAUUUAUAGUUACUGUUGAAAAACAAAACUAAUUUGAAAAGUAUUAUUCAAAAGACAGCAUUAAUAGGAGUUCCGAAACUCUAAUUUUUAUAAAAAAAUCUCAUAUUUUGAUUCAAUUGAGAACCGAAUUUGCUUUUAUCAAAAUGCUGUCAAUUCCUCGACAACUAGUGAUUCUUAUAUUUUUCUCUACACUUUUCGACCC